UCAUAUGACUUCCCUGGUCCACCUGUUGAUAUUUCAGUGCAUACACUAAUUACAGUAUCUUGCUAUAUACUACUAUGAAAACUUACUAGUAUAAUAACCAAAUGGAAAGAACCUUUUGAACAAUCUCAACUAGUAUACUGUAUAUCACUAAUUACAUUUGGAUGGAUAUGGCAAUAUAUAUUCAAAUGAAAGUAGAUUCAUGAGAGAGAGAAAUAAAUACAUAGACGCAUGGGUCCAUUUCUGAGUAAGAUAUCAUAUUGCAAGCCAAUGCUGCUCUACCAGUCAGUCAUGCACACAAAAUAAGGCUAAACCUUUGACAGCCGCUGACCAUUGUUCAUUCAGGCAGGAUGUUGUGGUGAGGUCCAGUUACAUUACAAUGGAGAAGUAGAGCGCAAAAAAAGGAAGUAGGGAACCAUGGGGUCCUGGGGCCCCGGUCUGUGUGUGGUUUUGUGUUUCUGGGGAACAGUUAGUUGGAACACACUUCACGGUCACAUUGUUGGCCCGUGUACUGUCAAUACUGGCACGGCAUCAUUUAACUGCAGUUGGAGGAAACUGGCCCAUAUUCCAACAGAGAUAUGGAACAAUGCAACCGCACUGGACCUCUCUCAUAACCACCUGAACCUUACUAACCCUCAACACCUCAGACAACUACAGAGGUUGGAUCAGCUGGUUAACCUAAAUCUCUCAGGAAACUACCUCCCUCUGCUGGAGAAAGGCCACUUCUGCAGCCUGCCCUUCCUGCAGAUACUAGACCUCAGUGGUUGCCAACUGACCUCCAUGGAGGCUGGAGCUCUGCAGGGUUUACCCAGGUUAGGGAAGCUGUUUCUGGGGCACAACAUACUGCAAGCCCCCCUAUCUGUUUCUGCUCAAACUAUAUCCUUCCUGGAUCUCAAUGGGAACCAAGAGCUUGACCAUGGCUCUGAUGAUACGUCGACAGGAAUUAGAAGACCAUUCAAUAGGAAACUGUUAGAGGUCAUUGAACAUCCCAGCCCAACUCCAGCUAACUCAAUGACUACAACUAAUGGCAGUGAGGAUGGUGGUCAGAGCCGUUUCUCCAAAAGCUGGCAGUACCUGGUAGCAGUACUGGUGUCGGCCAUCUCCCUCUCCCUCCUCAUCGCUGUCCUGGCCAAAUGCCAGCUGGUCCGCCGCUACCUGGCCAGUUACCGUCACACCCGGCUGAUCGAGGGGGACACAGCCAGCCAGUGUGACCCCAACAGCCUGGAGGUAGGCUUCUCUAUGCACAACCAUGGGGGACAGGCACGGAGCCCCUACCCUGCUGCUGUCCCCCAGGGAGAGAUGUACAUGGAGGAUGAGGAGGAUGAUGAUGAUGGCUUCAUAGAGGACAACUACAUACAAGCCAGCGAGAGGGAGAGGGCUAAGAGGGCACUGGAACUGCAGGAGGAGGAGGAGGAUGACAUGGUAUUUUCCAUUGGCUAGAAGAGGUGGAAUGGGAGGGGAGAAAGAGGGGAGAGAGAAAUUAGAGAGAAAGACAGACAGACAUACAGAGAGAGAGAGAGGUCACUGUAGCCAAUUUGGACACUGAUUAGGGCCAAUGCUGAUAUCAAAUAUAUGCAUGUUGUCAUGACGUUGGCCUGGGGGUAGGUUUAUGACAGUCAUAAAUACCUCUUCCCCCCUUUUUCCUCUCUCUACCCUACUGAUGUUACAUUUGCAAAACCCUUGGUUAACAUAGAGAUUCUGGGAACAUCAGAAGGUGGGGGGAAAUGAACUAUAUUCUGGUAAUCCGACCAAUUGAACAUAUGCGGUGGUACUUAAUGAAUAUGAUGUCAGUUCGGUUGUCAUCUGAGACAUUCUCAUCAAUGAUAAGAUUACAUAAACUCUACAGUGGAAAGUCUACACAUCAGAGUUAUCGGAUUCACAUGGAAUUGUUGUUCAAUAUAAAUGUUUGAAUAUGAAAUUAUUCGUGAUGGGAUGAAAUGUGAUUUUAGCUUCUAAAAUGUGAGAUUUGGGUUUUCAUAAGGUAGGGCUCUGCUCAAUCAGUGGCCCACCCCUGUGAAGGGACAUGGGCUAUACAACUUUUCAAACACGCCCUCCUCUCCCUUCCUAUAUAAAGCCUUGAUGACAAUAUAACCUCCUGUUCCGAGGAUGUGAGGACGGCGGUCUGAUGUCAGAAUGGUUCAGAUAAUAACUACAGAACGAAGCCAACAUCAGCAUGAGCUUUGGUUGUGAAUAGUAUGAACUUUGAACUCUUAUUCGCUACAGAAGUGAUACCUCCUAGCCAUGAGUUAGCAACAGCAGCUGCAAAUUCAUGUUAGGAAGGAACAGACAGAGUAUUCCAUCUACCACACAACGACGUUACUACAACGCAUCCACUUUACCAGCAGAAACAUUCUUCAAAGUACCAACCUACCGAAGCGCAGCUCAGAGUAAAUAUUUAUUGCAUUUUCCUUUUCCAAAUGGGCGGUAAUUUAGAAUGCAUAAGAUACUGCAUUUACGAUAGCACAGCUUCGCCCUUUGUUCCUCAGUCUUCCCGCUCUUUCACUCAAACCCAGACCCUUUUAUUUUGUGUAACAAGCUGUCAUAUCUGUUCCGCCCGCUAGGGACAUUUUCCUUUAUGACGUCAUUUGUAAUCAAGUUAGGAUUUAAUUAUGUGUAUGUGUAAGUCUGUGUGAUUAGUUAGGUAUUGAGUAAAUAAAUAAUUAAACCCAA